AAUGCAGCCAAUGCUUUCACGAGUCUUAGUGCUACAUUGGACACAAGAGUUCUCAGUGGAAGGGGGCCUACAUCGUUCACUAUUCAUGGAGAAUUGAGACAUCGAACAGGAUCACUACUACCAGUUCCAGGAGAGCAUGCAUCAUAUGCUCAACUUUACAUUUAUGACCCUAACUCAGCUGUGGAAGUUCGCACCCAUCAAAAUCCUCAAUUAAGGCGAGAUGUUCUUCAAACUAUUCAAGAUAGUUUGUUACAAGUUAAUGCAUUUGUCUAUAAGUUUUGCCAUGCUUAUGUAGUUUUAAAUCAAUUAGCCUCAACGGAACAAAAUUUGCCUGCCCACCUUCACUACAGCUCAUCAAAGGAUCGGCGAAGGUAUAAUCUGCCAACAUCAGAUGAGAUUGCAGUGGUAAUACCUGGAGAUGGAACUGAGGUUAGUGGAAUGAGAGACAUUAUUCUACAUCUAAGAGGAGAUAAUGGGUUAAUGCGAAUCAAUGAAUGUCACCCAGCUUACUUGCCAUUGCAUUAUGUUCUGUUAUUCCCACAUGGUGAGCUUGGAUGGGAGCUUGAGUUGAAACAGUGGGACGUUCAAAAUAAGCAGCCUUCCAAUAAUCGGCAUACCUAAAUGCAAUUUUAUAGUUAUCAUUCAUUCGAGCGUUUCACAGAGUACUCAACAAUUUUGCGAGCAGGAAAAUUAUUUCAAGAAUUUUUGGUAGAUGCUUGGGCUGCCACGGAGCAAAAUAGACUUGCAUUCCAUAAGUUGAAUCAAGAAAAAUUGCGCACUGGACUUUAUCAGGAUAUGACAGAUGUCGGUAUAGAUGACGUAGGACCUGAUCAAAUCAGUCGAAGGGUUGUUUUGCCAUCUUCAUUUACUAGGAGUCGAGGCAUAUGUUUGAAAAUUUCAAGAUUCAAGGGCAAUAACUCGCUACAACCAUCAUCCUGAUAUUUUCCUCACUAUAACUGCAAAUCCCAAAUGGCUUGAAAUCACUGCGAGUUUAUUACCACAUCAGAAAGCUAUUGAUCGUCCUGAUUUAGUGGCUCGUGUUUUCGAAUUGAAAAGAAAGGCUUUAAUGAAAGAGAAUAAAACACAACAAUGUUUUUGGUAAAAAAGUUGCCCAUGUUUUUACAAUUGAAUUCCAGAAACAUGGCCUACCUCAUAUGCACGUACUUUUAUUUCUUCAAGGACCAGAUAAGAUCCGGACAUGUGCUCAAGUAGACAACUUAGUCUCAGCCGAAUUUCCUGAACCACAAGAUGAUCCUGAACUUUUUGAGACUGUCAAAUGUUGUAUGGUGCAUGGACCAUGUGGUGCAAGAAAUCCUCAAUCACCAUGUAUGGUUGAUGGUAAAAGCAGUAAGAGAUACCCUCGAGAUUUUGUAGAAUCAACAACUAUGGACCAAGAUGGAUAUCCCGUCUAUCGACGUCACUGAAGUGAUAAAGUUCACACCGUGAGGGGGCAGCCUGUGGAUAACAGAGAUGUCGUACCUUACAACACCUAUCUGUCAAGACGAUUGAAUUGUCAUAUCAAUGUUGAAGUUUGUGCUAGAAUGCGAUGUGUGAAGUAUAUUCACAAAUAUAUCUACAAAGGUUAUGAUUGCACAACAAUGGUGUUAGGAUCGAUAAAUGAGAUCCAACAAUAUCUAGAUGCAAGGUAUAUUGGACCACUAGAAGCUGCUUGACGUAUAUUUGGUCAUCAUUUACAUGAAGAGGUGCCGGCUGUGGUGCGAUUAGCUCUUCAUCUACUUGGGAUGCACCGGUGUGCAUUUAAUCCUGAAGACACAUUGGAGCAGAUUCGAGCUAGAGCUUCCCUCAAAAAAUCGACACUAACUGGCUUUUUUGAGUGGUACACUGCUAGUCCAAACACAGAAAAAUAUACUUAUCAGGAAUUUCCUCAAUUUUUUUUUUGGGAUAAGUCAAAUAAGAGAUGGACACCAAGGAUAUCAGGAUUUGCGAUUGGUAGAAUGUACUUCGCUAGCCCAAAUUGUGGUGAAAGAUUUUACAUGCGUUUGCUUUUAACUGUUGUGAAAGGUCCAAAAUCCUUUGAGGAUUUACGCGCAUUCAACGACGUCUUACAUGAUACAUUUAAAUCAGCAUGUGUAGCAAGAGGACUCCUAGAAGACGAUGAAGAAUGGGUUCAAUGCCUUCAAGCGGCUGCAAUUAUGAAAACAGAAAAUCAAUUACGGAGGUUGUUUAGUAUCAUUCUCACACAAUGCUCUCCUAUACAACCGUAUGAGUUGUGGAAAUAGUUCGCAGUGCAUAUAUGUGAUGACAUUGCUCACAAGAUUCAUACAUGCUUUCCAACUCCUAACCCAAGUGAUGCUCAAAUCGAAGAUUACGGUUUGUAUCUUCUGGAUCAAAUGCUUCAAGAAUCGGGCAGAACCUUAAGUGAUUUUCCGCUAAUGCCACAACCGACUAGAAAUUGGAGUGCAGUAGUUGGUAAUAGGUUGGUUUUGGAACAUCAACACCUCCAAAUUGAAGCUCAACAGGUUGACGUACAAAUGGAUAUCAAUCGGCUUAACAGUGCAAAGUGCAAGGCCUAUGAUGCAAUCACUUCUUCAGUCCUUCAAAAUAGAGGAAGGAUCUUCUUUGUGAGUGGUGGGGCUGGAACUGGAAAGACAUUUUUAUACAAUACAAUUGCGUUGAAAUGCCGUAGCCUUGGGCAUAUUGUUGUGACAGUUGCUUCUUCUGGAAUUGCAUCAUUGUUAUUGGUAGGAGGUCGUACUGCACAUUUGACAUUUUGCAUUCCAUUGGACGUGAUGGAAAAUUCUAUUUGUGUAUUUUCCAAACAAUCAAUCUAGGCAGAGUUGUUUAGACAGACUAAGCUCAUAAUCUGGGACGAAGUCCCGAUGCAGCACAAGCACUGUGUUGAGGCAGUUGAUCGAACACUCCAAGAUAUCUGUAAUUGUGAAAAGCCAUUUGGGGGUAUCACUGUUGUGCUUGGGGGUGAUUUUUGACAAAUCCUUCCGGUUAUAACUAAAGGAGUCCGUGAGCAAAUUGUUAGUGCUUCGUUGAGGCACUCUGUACUGUGGAAAGAAAUAAAUGUCCUGACUUUGGAUGUGAACAUGUGCUUGGACCAAGCAGACCAAGGAAAUGCAAAUUUUGCCAAAUUCCUAAUAGAGGUAGUGCUUCUAGCCUUCUAAUUGUAUUCUUUUUAAUUGAUUCAUUUAAAUUAUGAAGCAUUUGAUCCAUGUGAUUUUGAUUAUUUACUAUUCUAUUUCAGAUCGGAACUAACCCCCAAGAAACCAUAAAACUUCCUCCUACAAUACAGAAAUGCCAAGAUCUAAAUGAAUUGCUAUCUAUAGUAUAUCCACAGCUACAUGUUGCAGGUACAUCGACUCCUAAAUUCUUAACUGAACGAACGAUUUUGUCUACUCGGAAUGAGGAUGUUAGUUAUAUCAAUAUUGCUGCAUUGAAUAUUUUUCCAGGAGAAGUGUUCACUUAUUUAGCGGCAGAUAGAAUAUGUGAAGAAGACGAAAUUGAUCGGACAAUUACUAACUGCUAUCCCAAUGAGUUUUUAAACUCAUUGGAUCCUCCUGGUCUUCCACCUUUCAAAGUGGAGCUGAAAGUUGGAUGUCCAAUCAUGUCGUUGAGAAAUAUUGCUCCUAAGGACGGACUUUGUAAUGGCACUAGAUUGAUGGUUGUAAGGUGUGCUUCUCGAAUUAUUGAGGCUCUGAUUUUAUCCGGAGAAAAGUUCAGCAAUUUGGCCUUCAUACCGAGAAUAACCUUGAUCCCAUCGUCUUCAGAAUUCCCUUUUCGAACAACGAGACGCCAAUUCCCUAUACGAUUGGCAUAUGCUUUGACUAUCAAUAAAUCACAAGGACAAUCUGUGAAAUUUGUAGGAGUUGAUUUGCGUACCGCAGUGUUUAGUCAUGGUCAACUAUAUGUGGCGUUAUCUAGAUGCACAUCUUUUGAUCGUAUCAGCGUCCUUCUUUCCAAAGUUGAAUUGGAUUCCACGACAAAAUAUUGUUUAUCCCAAAGUGUUGUUAUAAACUAUGUAGUAGCAAAAUCACUACUUCGGAUGAGGGAUUCGUUUGAAAAUGCAAUGGAGUUGAGGAGGAUUAACAUGAAUACAUUACUUCGAUGUCAUUGUAAAGAGGUAACUUCAAAGCUUGGUAGAGGGCACCAUCACCAACAUCAGCAGUAUAUGGCAACCACUAAAUUUCAACUAAGCUUCUAUUAUUGGACUUUGGAGUUUAUGUUGCUUUUUUUAUUCUAAAUAUGUAUGUAUGGGUUUUCGAUUUUGAUUUUUCUGCAUCUAUCAUGAUUCUGAAGUCUGAGCCAUUAAUGUCAUUCCACUAAGUACCACACAUCAGAGGGUAGUUGCUCUUUAUAGUAUAAGCUGCAAGCUGGGGUGUUUGGAAUUUUUGAGUUCUAAAUGGCCCUAACACAAAUCUAAGGAUGAAAAUUUUGGCGAGCUAUUACUUUUGUUAUUUGUCUUUCAAAGAUGCUCACUUUGUAUUUUUUAAAAUGCAUGUUUGAUAGAGUAAAAAUAGGGGAGAGUGAAUUAAUUCUUUAUGCCCCUUUUUUUGUGUAGCAUAAUUAAUUUUUGGAUAGACUUUGUGGUUCGACACUGCGAGGACAUGCGACACGACAAGAACACGUGGAGAUAUGUCUGGACACGCCACAUGAGGUAUCCAUUACCAAGAGAAAUGCUGGGGACACGGCAAAGUGAAGUUAACACUUUUUAAAAGCUUUACUAGGAUAACAUAUGUAUCUUAAAAAGUAUUAUCAUUGGGAGUUUAAUUGUUGUCGACUUUGUUCAUCUUUCGUUUGAAUGGUAUUUUUUGAUUAGAUCACUACAGGACAAGCACAUCCCUUUCCCUAGGUAACAAUAUGAUCAAAUCAUUACAGGACUAGCACAAUCCUUUCCCUCACUCUCUCCC